GUUCCUCGUUAAACCCCACCUCAACGGCGCCAGCCCCAACGCGUCGCCCCCAAUGGCCCGUCUCACUCUCCUCCUCUCCCACGCCCGCCGCCACCACCACCGACUCCGACCUCUCCAAGUCCCUCUAUCCUCCCCCUCCGAAACAUCUCCGGUCCCCAGUUUCUUCUUCUCGAGAUCCCUCUCCUCCUCCUCCUCCUCCUCCUCCAUCUCGCCGGUCUCCUACCCCGUGAAGCCCAAAGAUCCCGACGAAGAGGAGAGCCCCGACGCUUCGAACGGCGCUCCUUCCCCUCCCUCGCCUCCGCCGAGGCUGCCGCGCGCGGAGUCCCAGGUCCCGGAUGGGGGUUCUCGCCCUUGGACGAGAGCGGACGCCCGGUUCGUCAAGGACGGUCCGACGAUACCCCCGGUCUCUUACCAGGCGCGCGUGGCGCCAUUGCCGGAGUACAGGGCGCCGGAGCCGGAGGAGACGAAAGGUGAUGACGGGCAGCUGCAGAGGGAAGCUAGAAGGAUCCAGUCGGGUGCCCGUGCACGGAGCUUCUUUGAUCUUCAGGAGGAGCCGAAGAUUCCGUUCCCGACGCUCAUCGUUCCGGAGAGGAAGUCUCAGAAGGUGCCCAUGGAUUUGAUGGAGGCCAUUCGACAAGUCAAGGCUAAUGCAAAGCGUAAGUUCGUCGAAACAAUGGAAGCUCAUGUUAAUUUGGGAGUUGAUCCACGUAGAGGCGACCAGAUGGUACGGGGUGCCCUGACACUGCCACACGGCACAGGAAAGACUGUUAGGGUAGCUGUAUUUGCCGACAAGGCUGCAGCAGAUGAAGCCAGAGCUGCUGGAGCUGAUAUUGUUGGUGGUGAGGAGCUUAUUGAAGAAAUAAAAAAUGGAGGUGGCAAACUGAAAUUUGACAAGUGUAUAGCAACUCCUACAUUCAUGCCUCGUCUCUCAAAGAUUGCUAGGAUCCUUGGUCCUCGUGGCCUAAUGCCAAAUCCCAAACUAGGAUCCGUGACAAGUGAUGUUUCAGGAGCUGUGAAAGAGGCAAAGUCAGGCCGUGUUGAUUUUAAGAUUGACAAAACUGCUAUCGUCCAUGUAGGCCUUGGAAAGGUCAACUUUAAAGAGGAGUUUCUUCUUGAGAAUAUUGGAGCUUUUGUCAAUGCUCUCUUGAUUGCAAAGCCUGUGGGACUAAAAAAAACUUCCAAAUAUGUUGGAUAUGUUAAGAACUUCACUUUAUGUAGCACGAUGGGGCCUGGAUAUCCUGUGUCAAUUCAGUCACUCUCUGCAGCUGCUGAUCACUACAACAAGUUGCAAGUCAAAUAGUGUGGGUGUAGCCGAUCGAGAAUUGACGACGUCCAACCUAUCAAAAUGAGCCAUGGAGUGUUUUGGAGUCACGCGAGCUAUGUCAUUCCAAGAUGAUCGCUCCUUCGAGAUCGGUGCAUCCUCAAGAUAGUGCAUUUGGUGAUGUUAUUCCAAGAUGGCCGCUCCUUGAACGUCAUUGCAUCAAUUUAGUUGCAUCUGAUCAUUGCAUUAUCUUUCCUUCAAGAUCAUUGCAAAUAACUAGGGAGAAAGAAAAACCUGAUCUGGAUAAGCACCUACAUAGCCAAUUCAAGAUACCUUCAAAGUUGGACGGUUGGACACUUCUUGUUUUCAUAGUGUACACCCUAUUCUACUAGUUAGUUGCA